AUGUUUUGCUGUAAAGAACUAAAAUUACUCUACGCUACUGUCGUUCUUUUAUUAGAAGCUGAAUUGUUAGUGAACACAGGUGCUAUGGAGUCUAAGAAGUCUUCCAUUCUGGUCGCUCAAAACGCAGAUGACCUUAAAUCGUUGGAAUUGUGUACAUCAAGAAAUCAACAAAGAUUGGGUAGUGUUUUUGGGAAUUUCACUCGUCACCACAAGAAAGGUCACAGAAGAAGAACCACAACUACUACGUCAUCGACUCAAACAACAAUAAUUUAUACAACAAUCGACAAUGAUGAAGAUGCAACUGAAUCCUAUACGACGAGUGCCUAUAACGUUAGCACUACCACAUAUCCUAAACUACCUAAACCCCUUCGUUUAUCCUCUGCAUUAGAUAAAACUUUCAAUGAUAAUGUAUAUAAUGUAGAUAAUGUUUUAGAAGAAAAUAAGGAAAUAAGUCACGAAAGACACCACAAUAAAUACCAUGAAAGAUUACAAGAUAAGGAAAUAGUUUCAGAACUAGAUGAAGCAGCACUAACAAAAUCUUUAAAUAAAGUUAAGAAAAUGUACAGAGAUUCGACCGCAUCAGCGGUUAAUAAGCUUAGCGGGAAAGGUUUAAAAAAUGGUAUAUUUUUGACUGAGAAUUGUACUACUGUUAUAGCUCAAAUAGGAACGACUGCAGUGCUACACUGCGAAGUUAGUGAUAUAACGGAAAAUACGGUGACGUGGAUCAGACGGAAAGAUUACUCGUUGCUAUCUGUCGGUCUUGUCACGUACAGUGCAGAUAGUAGGUUCUUUUCAGCUCACGGCAGACAUGUCAAGGACUGGGCGCUUCAUAUACGCUUCGCUACGUCAGCGGAUGCGGGCUACUACGAGUGCCAAGUACCGACCCACCCGCCAACGAGUAUAUUUUUUAAGCUUGUUCUGGUUGCUGCUUACGCAGAAAUAGUAGGUGAAUCGGAGAAGAUAAUACACGAAGGGUCCAUGUUGAAGCUCGUGUGCGUCGUCAAGAGGUCCACCGAGCCACCGUCCUAUGUGUUCUGGUACUUCGAGAACCGAAUGAUCAACUAUGACCUGAAUGGCGUUAGCGUCCAUAAUGGGCGUCAAACAAGUGAGCUGAUCAUUGGCAAAGCGGAGCCCCGGCACUCUGGCAACUACACGUGCGUGCCAGCGAACGCCAGAGCAGCGUCCGUAACCGUACACGUCGUUCAGAGUGAAACGCCAGCCGCAAUGCAGCAUGGAAAUAACUCAUCAAUAAAAUCAUUUAACUUGAAAUACGGGAAACUGAGAGCAAAAGAUCGCAUGACCGUUCACCAGCAAGAUGGAUCAAAUAGCUCGGCAUCCAAUUUCUACACUGUCGCUGGACUGGAACCUGUGGAGGCUACUCAUCUGCACCAGAUACAACCCUAA